AAGUGGCUCCUGCUGGCCAGUUUGUGGAUGUUUGUCGAAGUAAGCUGAGCUUGGAAAUCCCUGCAAGUUUGUGCUGAGCUGACAAUACUUAUUUUGCCAUAUUUCGCUGAAUGCUCGCUUGACACCAAAGUCUUGCUCUCAGCUACUUGAAUUCUUGAUAUUUUAUUCGAGAAAAAUCUCACGAGGAUUGGGAUUUUUUUUUUCCUUUCCGAGGCGACCUGCGGGGAAGCUAAGCACAGUUAGCAUUAGGCUAGCAGUAUGUCAAGCAAAAGAAGAGCAGUCAUCAUCGUCAUCCUCCAGUCCGGAGACUUUUUCCCAGGAGUCGGUUUGUUGACUUACCGACCUCACGGUGGCCAGUGUGCGGCCAAGGAAAGUCCAGGCGGGACGACUCUGGCUGGAGGAAGAGUUAGUUGCGAGUUGGCAAAGCGCCGAUAAUGGCGCAGGGUCAGGCUAGCUAAAGAGGCGGCUAGGCUAACGGUAGCCUUGUGCAAACAGCUGUGACCGACAAGAUGCCCAGAAUGCUUCACACGUGGAAGAAGUGACCUUGCCCCCAACUGAGUGAUGGUUCUUCCGGUAGCCACUCAUGCUUUCGGAGUGUCCACGAGGGAUCAAAGGUUAAAUGAUAUUCGAUGUAUAUUUUUAAUUACUCAGUUUAUACUUUGUAUAUUGGUGCGCACACAUUUCAACUUGAUGAGGAGAUUAUAUACAUAUAUUUAAAUGACACACCAAUUAAUUUGAUGUUAAAUUUGUGUCAUGAGAUGGUGUAAUGGUAUAGUUGACUUAAUCUGACAGUGGCUUUAUGUAUUACUGAUGUACGGACUGAUAACCAGGUAAGUGUUUCACGAAUACUGCAUAGUAAUAAUUGCAAGGUAGGUUUUCUCCGACUUAAGUCAUGUAGACUUCAAAUGAACUCGAAUAAACAAAGAUAUACAUUGCAAAACAAUUCUUAAUGUAUUUGUAGUUAUCUUAUAAAGUUCAAUUAAAAUACUGUAGUUAGAACGAUUUUUCAUAGACAUUGAAUAAUGUUCAUGUAUUUUAAGUUAUCUUUUGAAAUAAGUUGUUGACUUUUGUAAAUUCAGCUAUUUUGAAGACACGUUACACACGUCCUGUAGUUAGUUAAAUUAAUAUUCCGAUAACUAAAGUCACAAUAAGUGUAAAUGGGAAUUUCCGUUCCCAUAUUGGAAAAAGCCCCCAUCUCAUCGGUACACCCCUCCUCUCCGCGGACCCCGCGGCCGGUUGUGUGGAGCGCGCACGCGUGCCAAGCUGCGUGGGAAUGGCUGUUGGUGCGAUGGAGGGGGUUGGGCCGCGCGCAGCCAGCCGCUUCAGCGCUACAUGAGCUCCUAAUGUCCGCCAUGUUGGCCAUGGCGCAUUGAACCGGGGAGGGAGAGCGGAGCGCCAGAGGAAGCCGCACCGACGCACAGCCACCGAGACGCGGGCCCGCCCGGCUCUGCUCGCGCUGCCUAGCACACGAGCCCGGCCGCGAUCGAGGCACUCGUUCCAGGAGACCGUCCCGGAUCCAUCCAUGACAACGAGAAGUAGAAUUCCUCGGAGAUCGACUCGAUUUAUGCCGCAUCUCUUAAUAUACGUGUAAAAUAAAACAAAAAAUGAGUAAAUUGUCGUUUCGGGCGCGGGCGCUGGAUGCUAGUAAGCCCCUGCCCGUAUUCCGCUGCGAGGAUUUACCGGACCUACAUGAAUAUGCUUCGAUCAACCGGGCAGUGCCGCAGAUGCCGACCGGGAUGGAAAGGGAAGAGGAAUCGGAGCACCAUCUCCAGCGGGCCAUCUCGGCGCAGCAGGUCUACGGCGAGAAGCGGGACAACAUGGUCAUCCCCGUGCCCGAGGCAGAGCGCAACAUCCCGCACUACGAGUCGCUCUACCCCGGGGAGUUCCGAAUGCCAAAGCAGCUUAUUCACAUACAGCCUUUCGGUUUGGACACGGAGCAGCCGGACUACGACCUGGAUUCGGGGGACGAGACCUUUGUGAACAAGCUCAAGAAGAAAAUGGAAAUCACUGCACUGCAGUUUGAGGAGAUGAUCGACCGCCUGGAGAAAGGCAGCGGGCAGCAGUUUGUCAGCCUCCAAGAAGCCAAGCUGCUGCUGAAGGAGGACGACGAGCUGAUCAAGGAAGUCUUUGACUACUGGAGCCGCAAGAGGAAGGCCUGCAAGUCCGGCACCUUCGUUUCCAACAUCAAGCAGGAAAAGCGGGACGGCUCGAGCACCAGCGACCCCUACGUGGCCUUUCGCAGACGGACGGAGAAGAUGCAGACCCGCAAGAACCGCAAGAACGACGAGGCGUCGUACGAGAAGAUGCUGAAACUUCGCAGGGACCUGAGCCGCGCCGUCACCAUCCUGGAGAUGAUCAAGAGGAGGGAGAAGAGCAAGCGGGAACUGCUGCACCUCACGCUGGAGAUUGUGGAGAAGCGAAACGGCGUGCCUGACUUUGGCAGCGAGGUGAUGGCGGAGGCGCUGGCCCGGCAGGCUCUGCUCAAGCCUGUCUACACCAUCCCCAUUAUCCCCAGUGCCAACCAGUACCGACACCAGGACCACUUGGACAUGAAGGACUACAAGAAGGAGAAGACGGAGGUUGUUCGAACCAAAAGGAAAUAUGAGAAGAAGCCCAAGAUCCCUCCUCGAGCGGGACCCUCGGUCUUCAAUCUCAAGGACCUCAACCAAUACGAUUUUCCCAGCUCCGACGACGAAGCCUUCUCGCAGAUUCAUUCGGGUUCUUCGGAAACAGAAGAGGAGAACGACCCAGAUGGUUGCUACGCUUUCAGGAGGAAGGCCGGCUGUCAUUACUACGCCUCGAGUCCCGGCCAGAGCGGCGGCUGGCCGUGGGAGAGCCCGUCGAAAGGAGGCCUCGCUCACGCGCGCUUCCGCUACUGUCUGACCUCCUUGAGCACACCGCGGCGCUGCGUCGGUCUGGCUCGACGGCGCGUGGGCCGAGGAGGCAGGUUCUUGUUGGAUCGGGCGCACGCCGACCCGGACGCCGUCCGUCAGUACCUGGAUUCGGAUUUGCAGCCCCCCUCGCUCUCCUCCCCACUUUCAAGCUCGCCGCUCCGCAACUCCAGUACCUCGGAAAACAAUACCUCGGACCCCGCCGGGUCUUCCUGCCCUCUACCCUCCGCCGCCGCUUCAUCAUCUUCAUCGUCCGACGUGACCGUGGACCUAAGCCGGAUUCUGUUGAGCAUCAAAUCGUGCCGCUGGAGGCAUUUCCGGCCACGGACGCUAUCCCGGCCGGCUUUGGACGCAGGAGUGUCGAGUCUUAAAGCAUUUGGCGAUUUUAGUCGGGCCGUAUCGGGACUAACUCGGAGUCUGUCUGGGGGAUGCUUGCCGCAAACCUGCACCGGUCCAGCUGCUCCUGGCAAAAUGUUCACGGUGGAGCAGUACCAGCAGCACAGAGAGCAGCUGGCUGUCAUGCAGAAGCAGCAGCUGGAGCAGAGCCAACAUCAGCAACACAAAAAGGAGCCGCAGCAUCCGCCACCACCGCCGCAGCAACCGCCGCCACCGCCGCAGCGACUCAAGGAGCAGCAGCAACGGCGGCCUCAAAUCCAGCAGCACGUCAACAACUCAUUGAGCGGGACCGGCCCGCUCAUCAGUCAGGUUCUGGUCUCCAAGACCUUGGACCAGGCCAGCGCCCAGUUCGCCGCCUCGGCCCUGGUCACCGCCGACCAGCUGCUGGCCUUCAAUCCCAAAGAGGACCUGGUGCUGGCUGGCGGAGUCAACGGUGUCCUGGGAGCAGGUGUCUUGAAAGGUUUGCAUCUGUCCAACGCGGCGGCAGCGCUUCACCCCAGCCACCCGUCGCCCACGGCGGCCGCCCCUGCUUUUCCACAGCCCUCGCCCCGUCCACUUGCGCCCACCGCCAACGCCGUCCCCGUCUCCCUGGCGGCCGCCCCGGGCAACCACGCCGCCGCGCUGGGCCUGCUGGCUGGCGCUACCGCCCCCGCUGCCGCCGCCACUCAGGUCCUCAUCGGAAACAACAUCUGUCUGAGCGUCCCGUCGGCCGCCAACCUGACGGGGCGCCACCUGCCUCGCGCCCUGGCCGGCGUGCCCCCCUCUGCCUUAAAACUGUCGGCUGCUGCCAACCUCCAAAAGCCCAAAGUCUCCGCCACGCCGCCCGUAGACAUCGCGUCCAGGGAGAAGCGCGAGGAGGACAAAUCGUCACUGAACAGCAUCGUGGACGGCACAGUUGCCAUGGAAGUGACGUAAUGGCGGAGGAGGGCGGCAAAGUCUUCAGGUGCUGUGCAUCGUAGCGUCAGAAAGUGGCUGCCGGGAGGGAUGACGAGCCGGCCGCCCAUGUUGUCCGUCCUUUUGAAAACGUGUGUGUGUGGGGGGGAGGAUUGUGUUUUUGUUCUUUUUUUUUUUUUUUUCCUGUGGAGGGGCGUACGUGUGUGUACAGUAAGGACUCGUUUGUACAUAGCACUUGAACACACAACUGUCCCUUUGUCAUGUUUUGCACUUGGGAGCGAAAAGGAGGUCAGUCGUGUGCGUGCGUGAAUUGUAUCGAGACGUGCAUGGUGCCAGAUGCUGCUUUUGAUCUAUUUAUUGUGCCGUGUUUACACCUUUUUUGGAUUCUCGUUCUUUGUACGCCGUAGCUUUGUUUGCUUCCCGUGCUCGCUCGUGUACGCACGUCGGCCGGCCGCAGACUCGCGCGCGUCACUUUCACAUGUCAUGUCAACAAACUUGUUGCGUGGGCUCAACGUGGCGGGCGGCGCCUAUGAGCAGGGAUGAAGUCUCUUCCCAGAAGCCUUUGCUGCUUCGUUUGAAAGCACUAUUUUCGUGAUUUUUUUUUUUUUUUUUUCUCCGUCGAUGGCUUUUUGAUAACGACAAUGCUGCUUUUUGUAUUUUGAGUCAGACGGGGUCCUUCGUUAUUUCAUACGACAAACCCGUUUUGUAUUCAUUUGAUUUUUUUUUUUUUUUUUUUUAAAUCUCACCGACAUUUUUUGUGUUAAGUUAUUUUUGUAUUUUGUGUUCUUGUGGUCAACUCGAUUGUAAGCUUUUAAAUGUCUCGGUUUGGUUCGUACACUGCACAGAUGAUAAGGGAGGCGAAUGAACGCGUUUCAUCAUUCCACUUUUGAAAGAGGGGAAAAAGCAAAAUAAGGGGAUGACGCCCUCCCAUUUUCUUUUGUUCUUUCUUUGAGAAACAAAUGGAAAAACAAAACAGAAUCUCUCCAGAUGGCUAUGAGGCCAACAGAACCACAAGUAUUUUUGGGUGCCUUCCUUUGGGGAAUUUUAUGUCCUCUCUUCUGUGAAGAGUCCGGCACAAAGGCGGCAUUACUUAGUAAUGCUCGCGCGCUUUGUGCGGGCAAAUCUUGAACGCUGGCCCGGCUGGCGGCUUGUGUCCUUGAGGUUUACUUGUCCCACCUGCAGGCUGAAAAGAUGUUGAAAAAAGAAAAUGUGACAGAGCUCUCACUAAAAUAUGACAAUAAAGCCCAGGGCCUUAAAUGUGA